AUGGCUGCAGACAGCUUAUUCUCGCUGGAAACCAACAGCGUCGCCUACAGGCUGCCCCACAGUGCGAUCCAGCACCUGAUCCAGCUUGUGGUUCCACAGAUCCGGAGGGCAACCCGCCGCAACUACGCGCUCAGCCCGGAGGUGCAGCUCCUCGCUGCGCUGCGUUUUUACGCAGUGGGGAGCUUCCAGGAGGUGGUGGGGGACGGCACCGGCCUCAGCAAAGCGUCUGGCACAUUGAUCCCGCUCCUCAACCCAUCCCUGGUGGACCCGAGCUGGAUCUGCAGGAAGCAUUUUCCUGCCGUCAACACUCAGGUGGUGGUGGACCAUGAUGGCCUGAUUGUUGACAUCGUUGCCAGGUGGCCAGGAAGCACCCACGACAGCUUUGUUUGGGCGAACUCGGCUGUGGGGCAGAAGGCUGGCAGGGGAAUGUUCGGCAGGAGCAUCUUCCUCGGGGACAGUGGCUACCCCCUCCGCAGCUACCUGAUAACCCCUGUCAUGAACCCGGCAUCACCAGCGGAGGAGGCGUUCAAUGAGGGUCACACCCACACCAGGACCCAUAUUGAACGGGUGUUUGGCAGGUGGAAAGCACGCUUCCGCUGCAUCCAUCGAUCAUCAGGUGGGCUGCGCCUGUCCCCGAGGAAGUCCUGCCAAGUCAUCGUGGUGACGGCUAUGCUCCACAACAUAGCUGUGCGCGCCGGGGCAGACGAGCCGCCUGCUGUGGAUGAUGACAACCCAGCACCACCUCCCCUCCCCAACGAACGUUCGGUUCCGGUUUAA